GUGAUUAAGAUGGAACAUAAGGAAGAUUAUAUGAAGUUAAAGAGGAAAAAGCAAGUUACUCCAGAAAAACCUGUAAAGAAACAAAAGACUGGUGAAACUUCAAGAGCCCUGUCAUCUUCAAAGCAGAGUAGCAGCAGCAGAGAUGAUAACAUGUUUCAGAUUGGUAAAAUGAGGUAUGUCAGCGUUCGAGACUUUAAAGGGAAAGUCCUAAUUGAUAUUAGAGAAUAUUGGAUGGAUCCAGAAGGUGAAAUGAAACCAGGAAGAAAAGGUGAGAUUUAAUUUCCUGAAUUUGGUCCU